GUUUUGUCAUCUGUCACUGCUGUCAGAAUGACGUCUAGUGUUCAUGUUUUGUAAACUAAUUCUUUGAUUAAAAUUAUUAGUGUAUAUUUAAUGUAAAUAUUAACAGAAGAAAGUAAUAAGUAACGAUAGAUUCUAUUCUACUACAUUUUUCAUGACCCCUGCCGCAAUGGAAAUGCAAGCGCAAGAAUAUUUAAAACAAAAAAACUGGGUGCAGGCGAUAGAGCUUCUGAAUAAACUAUUAACAAAUAAUCAGAAUUCCAUAGAACAACUCGUAUCCUAUCUUACAGAUAGAGCGGAAUGCUUCUUAGAAUUGAACAACCACCAAGCUGUAAUUAUUGAUUCUAAAAGUAUCAUUAAACUUUGUCCAGAUCAAACUAAUUAUAAUGUUUGCUUAGCUAGAAAAAGACUUAUACAUUCGCUUUAUAUGAUCAAGCGAUUCACAGAAGCAGAUAUUGCUGCAAAAGAUUGGCUCAUGUUAAUCCAAGAAUCUGAUGUAAAUAAAGAAAUUAAGGCUGUAUUAGAAGCACUUUUAGGAAACUUCAUAAAUUGUUCGAAUUCCAAGCAAAAGACUAUUAAUCUACUAAAAAUACUUGAUGCUAACUUCACUAAUGGAUUUAAUACCACUACAAAGAUGGAUAAACCCCCACCGCUAGUCUCUUGUGUGUACUGCAAUGUUACAUUUUCAGAUAAAUGUGAGUUGCGAGCGCAUUGUCAAACUGAAGCCCAUGAGAUGACGGUAAUGUCUGAUGACGGUCGGGAUUGGAGGUGGCGACCACCUCCGAGAGGAGUUACUUCAGAUGCUUAUCUUCCUUGCGACAAUUGGCGAGAAGCCGGUUGUUGCCGGUAUGGAUUACAAUGUGUACGGGCACAUGGUGAAGAAGAAUUGGCUGAGUGGAGAGAAAGAUUUAGGUAUAGAGAAAUGCGUAUGCAAAGAGCUAAAGAAAAAGAAUUAUUUGGUAAAUCCUACACAGAAGAAAUUCUAGAAAAAUGGUCGCAAUCUUCGAAUCCAAACGCUUUAAUGUGUACUAAGGUAGAAGAAGUAGAAGAUCAAUGCUCUUGUCCCUUAUCAGUAACAGUAUCUUCGAAAAAUAGCCUUCACGAAUGGACAUUCUAUUUAAAAACUAAACGACCAUUAAAAGCAGUCGCACUUCUACAAGAUACGCAUAGGAAUCAUUUUUUCAUAGCUUGUAUUUUUAUUAAAAAUUGUAAAAUAGAUUUGAGAAAUAAUCAAGAAUGGAUAUCACCGUUAUUACAUCAAGAAUCAAUGUUACCAGUAGAAUAUAGAAUCAAAGUUGUAUUUACCACGGGAAUUUAUGGAACGUUCAGGCAAUCAGUUGUAUUUGAUUUCUCCUCAGAACCUGUUCUAGUCAAACAUAUAUGCGUAGACGUCGUACCAGAUCCAGAUUUAGAAAAAAUCAACGAGAUUAGAAAAGAAAUUACAUUGUCAAUAUCGGAGCGUUGGACGAUACACAAUUCGGACAUUGUCCCUUUUCAUUCAACAGUUGAAAACGCAAAUCCUAACGAAGAAUGGGAAAAAAGGUUAAGGUCAAUGUAUCCCUGUCCGCAUGCUGAAACUUUUUUAUUGUCACAUGCCACAGUUGCAGAAAAGAAGUUUACAAAGAAUAAUUAUAGGGAGAGAAUGCAUGAACUGUUGUUUAUUGAAGAAAUGGCGAGAUACGAAUUGGUCGCCCAGUACAACCUUACGGCAAAACUCCAAAUAGCACACAGUUAUAUUCUUUCACCUAAUAACAUGUCGGCUAGUACAGCAAAAUAUUCCAACAACGGUGAACUGUUUGCUUCUGUAAGUCUUGGCAAAGAACUUUCGGAAGAUACAUCAGAAGGUCGAUUGAUUCUUAUGCAUUGCAACAGCGUUUAUUUAUGCCUUACCCAAGAAAUUCAACACAAACGAAGAGUCUAUGAAGCUUGGAUCGAAGAUAAAGGAAAAAAUACGAUUUAUUUAAGGCUGAGUGCCAAUACAGUCAAAGAAUUGUGUUUAACACCUGAAUCUGAUGUCGAAGUCGAUAUACAAUUUCAGUUGAAUAGAAUACCAUAUUGUGAAUGGCAUUACACUUUGGAUAAGAUGAAUAAUUUCAAAAUGAUAUUUCCAGAAACUUAUUUAGAACCUAGUAUACCAUGGUCCCCUUCAAGGCAGUGGUCAAGAACUCUGGAUAGCAGACUAAAUAUCAAACAAAAAGAAGCAGUUAACGCCAUAACAACACCGUUAUGUGUUCAUUUACCACCGAUUUUGGUGAUCGGACCUUUUGGUACAGGAAAAACCUUCACAUUAGCUCAGGCUAUAAGGGAAUUGAUUAAAGAUUCGACCAACAGAAUUUUAUUGUGUACCCAUUCGAAUAGCGCUGCAGAUUUGUAUAUUAAAGAUUAUCUUGAUCAGUGGGUAGAAAAUGGCGAAGAAAGUGCAAGACCUUUGAGGAUUUACUAUACAAAACGUUGGGUAUCUACAGUGCAUCCUAUAGUUCAAAAAUACUGUCUCAUAAAGAACAAUGGAAAUUACCGUAGUUUUGAAAUACCCACCUUAGAUGACAUCAUGAAACAUAAAAUCGUUGUUGUAACAUUAUCUACAUCUGUUUACCUAUCUGCAAUGGGUCUUCCGCAAGGUUUUUUUACACAUAUCCUCCUAGAUGAAGCAGCUCAAGCUAUUGAAUGUGAGACAGUUACACCGUUAGCUGUAGCACACGAUAGUACAAGGAUAGUACUAGCAGGGGAUCACAUGCAGUUAGGUCCAGAUAUAUUUUCGCCGUUUGCCAAGGAAAGAAAUCUUCAUAUAUCUUUACUUGAACGAUUAUACGAUCACUAUCCCGGUCAAUUUCCAUGUAAGAUUUUACUAUGUGAAAAUUACAGGGCGCACGAAAGUAUCAUACAAUUCACUUCUGAAUCUUUUUACGACCAAAAAUUGAUCUCAAGCAGUAAACAACCUCGACAUGUGAAGUUCUAUCCGUUAACAUUUUUUACUACCCGGGGAGAGGAUAUUCAAGACAAAAACUCAACGGCGUUUUACAACAAUUCCGAAGUUUAUGAAGUUGUCGAACGAGUUUCCGAAUUGAAACGGAGUUGGCCGGCCGAAUGGGGCGUUUACACCGAUCAAUCCAUCGGCGUAGUCACUCCUUAUGCCGAUCAAGUGUUUCGUAUUAGAUCCGAAUUAAGAAAACGACGAGUAGAUAACGUUUGCGUGGAAAGAGUGCUAAACGUACAAGGAAAACAAUUCCGAGCUAUUAUAUUAUCAACGGUACGUACGAGAAAGACGUGCUGUACCGAUACAGGACGUACCGAAGUCGAUUAUGGUUUUCUUUCGAAUUCUAAACUGUUAAACACAGCGAUUACUCGUGCACAAAGUUUAGUUGCUGUUGUAGGGGAUCCCAUAGCGUUAUGUUCAUUAGGCAGAUGUAGUAAAGUUUGGGAAAGAUUUAUACAGAUCUGUAAGGACAACGACAGUUUAUUCGGCAUAACUUGGACACAGUUAAAACUGCAACUAGACGGUAUAGAAUUAAAGAAGAUUUACACACUUAAUCCGCUGGCACCGGAAUUUAUUCCUCGUAAAUAUAAAGAAAUGGGAAUUCUUCCCAAUCAAACCAAAGUCGAAGCGAGUAUUCCGAAAGAAGUAGUACCUCCACCGCCGCCCCCGACAAGCAUAGUAUCUCAAAUACCUCCUGCGGUUAUUUCACCGUUUCCACUUCAAGAUUUGAGAUUCUUUCCUCAAUUAUUAUAUCCGCAACAACCCAGACCGUUUUUGUUUAAUUUGAUUCCGCCGCCCAUUACAAACGGUUUCAAUCAACCGAUUCCUUUAGUUAAUCCUUCUUUAGUAGUUCAACAACGUCCAACGGGGCCACAAUUACAGAAGACCGUUUCUAUUCAACCAGUACAAAAUAUCGCCGUUCAGAGCCCUAAGUGCUCUAACAAUACUUCGCACGCUGGUAGUAAUAAAUUGAUACAAUUUAUGAACAACGUACAUUUUCCCGAAGCUAAUGUUUUGAAUGAUUGCGUCAAUUUAUUGCCACAAAAUAUGUCGCUAGCAGAUAUGCUCCUGCAGCCGGCUAGUCUACAAGAAAGAUGGUACAAUUAUUUACGCGAAACUACUGGUCCAGAAGCUGCUGAAAAAUUUAAAUAUCUUCUCCACACUACGAACCAAAAAGGCUCCAAGAUCUUGGAUAAAAAUAUAUUCGAACGUUCCACGCCAUCUUCUUGCGAAUCUCCCACUUUUAGUUGGUACGACAGCCCAACCAACCAAAUUAAUUUCAAUAAACCUGUGUACAUGACGGAAAAACCGUCGACGGAACAUCACAAUGGCGUUACCAAAGAUAAUGUAAGCUUCGAAACUUUUCAAAACGGUAUGACCGAAGAAGAUUUACAGAGACACAUCAACGAAGAAUUCGCCAACUUGAGCAUGGAUGACAGUGAUGUAAACGAAGUGUUUAAAGCCUUCACACAUAAAAGUGACUAUGUACAGAUGAACGGGAACACAAACGUCUCCGGUCCCAAAUUCUAUAAAUAUUUCCAGUAGGGCAUUUUUUUCCUUCAUAUUUUCUUCUAUUUUCUUUUUCUGUUUGUAUAUUGUAUAUAAAUUGUAUAUUAUGUGUUAUUGUUGUUUAGUAUGUAGAAUUAUGUAUUUGCUUUUUUUUACUAUUUAUAAAAUAUAAACUUUAUAUACUGUACUUAAGUUGAAAUACAUGAAAUAUGAAA